UCAACAGUCUGGAUGAAAGAGCAGUAAUAGUAGGAUAAGGUAUCAGAUCUGAAUGACACAUGGCGGACGAGGAUUCUUACGGGGCCUGGAAGGACAGGUGUGAUAGAUAUUUUACCUCCAUAUCGGAGUCUGAGAGUGUUGGAAAUGGGGAAUGUGAUAAGAGUAAGCAAAAGAAAAAAUGGAAAACGCUUCGUGACGUAACAAGUGAUGACUUCACGAAUUCUACUUCUAAUUUCGAGGUUGUAAAGCACUGGUUUUCUGCUAUAGAUAUCCAUGGACUCAGGUUAGCUGGAACAACAGCAAACGUUUUGGAAUCCAUCAUCUGGAUCAUUGUACCUUGUGUGGCGUUUGGUGGAUUUGUGUUUUUCGUUUAUCUCAAUUUUUCUGUGUAUCUACAGCAACUAUCCAGCUAUCAGAUUGAAUCCCGGUCCGACAGACCGUCCGUUCCGGUAUAUGUAACCGUGUGCAAUAAAAACAAGCUGCGAUUCUCAGUUGUUUCAUCUUCUAGUAGUAGGUUUCGCGACCUGAUUGCUCUUCCAGCUUCUGCACAAAUGUUAAUCCCACCUUCAAACAAAAAAGGAGUCGAAGCAAUCAAGUUCACUCCAUUUUAUUCUUUUGCCCAAACUUUGCUGGACAAAGACAAGCUUGAUAAAUUGGUAGCAGAGGCUGAUGCCGAUUUCCUGCCCUUUUCAUCCAUGUCCUCUCCGAAUGACUGGGAUAACGCAUACAAAGCUAGCCUGAAGUACGGAUUCUGGGUUCUCCAAAGAGCUGCGAGUCCAAGCAAAGACGAAUAUCUAAAAUACGGUCAUCAAACGAAUGAGACUUUAGUUCAAUGUUUGUAUGACAGACGAUCUUGCAAGGAGGUCACUGAAGAGAUUGUUAAGGAGAAUUAUGGACGAUGUUUUACAAUACCCUCUUCUAAUAUAAAACCUCUAGGUGAACUUGAACUAAGACUAAACAUUGAGUCGGAUGAGUAUAUUGAUGUAUUGAGUCCAGACCGAGGCGCCAUUAUAUUCCUCCACACACAGAAAAAUGACGUCACAGAAGGAUCACGAUAUUCAGUGGCCCCUGGAUCACAUUACGUCAUUGACCUGCAAAAUGUGAUUGUCAGAACAAAACAGGAAGGAUGUACAAAUAUGCGGCAAUACAACAAGCAGAAAUGCAUUUCUGGCUGUAUCGACAAUUUGUCCCAAAUCUACUGUGAAUGUCGACAGUCUUUUGAAAUGAACAGCACACAGAAAUGCCGUCUUAACGUGCAGUUUGAAUUCCUGUGUUAUUCGGUUCUCUCAUAUCUGGCCUCAGAUGGAAAGUUGCCAUGCUCAUGUCCCAGUCCAUGCAGCACUACGCUUGUAGAAUCUCGAGAUAUGUCCCUGCCCUGGCCAUCUGAGGGGAAUCUAAAGCAUGAACAAAACUACUUACAAACUCAGGGAUUAGUCAGGACUGCCAGUCAAAUAAGAUCUUCUAUGGUGAAGGUAUCAAUUGACAUGCGGAAUGCAAGAGAAACAAGAAUAACAGAGAGCUACUCAUCUUCUUUGCUUCAGCUGCUUGCAAACAUUGGAGGCGUGUCCUCUUUAUUGAUAGGAGUCUCAAUCGUCUCCAUUCUUGAGGUCACAUGGCUUUUCUUCCGAGCCUGUAUCAUAGGAUGUGUGGACUACUGUAAGAGAAAACAGAGCCAGGAGGAGAACAUUGAGAAGCUGUCCGAUUCCGACAUCACUUCUGUCACAUGGGCAGCUUAUAAAGAUCGUCUGAGAUACGAAGCUCAGAUCAAGGAUGAGACUAUUGGCUGUAAAGGUCUCUGGUCCCAGGAACCAAUCAGAAGGAAUAGUGGCAGACGACAGGCUCUACAGCCAAUCCCAGAAGAGACAAAAUCUCCAAAAAUGCACAAUAUAAAAAUUUCAACACCAAAUCAAGGCUUGUAUACAAAGUACACUCCAUAUAACAGAUACCCAAGUCAACCAAGCUUCUUCAACAGCGUCAAAAAGGGAGAUCAAGUUACAGGAAACGAAUUUCCUUUGUUCCAUUCGCUGGAUCAGAACAAUGGGCCUAGUUCCAUGUCUGAAAACAAGGAGAAUCUUGGAGCAUCUUACCUUUCACACAAGGACUUAAAUGUCAGGAAUAACCCAGAGAGAGGGAGAACCAUGAAGCCAGCUGAUGCUAUUCAAAUGUACGGACCAUCAGCAAGGAAGUAUUUCAUUAGUGAACCAUUCAAGGUGUAGAAUGUAUUGGUAAUGCAUUAUAA